UUUUAUUAUGACGUGUUCAAAUUUCCGAAUGCAGACGACUUUUGCUUUCCAAAUCCUGGCCAGGAAAGAAAUUAGAUAUCCUCUUGAGUCCCAAUUACUCACCAAGAUUUCAUAUCCAUGCUAAUGGAUCCUUUGAAAAUUCAAAUAGCCUAGGUUUAACUCAGAGCAGCCAUCAUGAGUGGCAACAUCCUGUUUGCCAUGAUUACUCGUCUUCGGGAUGGUUUGCCGUUGUCGGCGACCACGGAUCACGACCCAAGUCAGAGGGUUCUAGAAAGCAAGAAAUAUGCCAAGAUUCUUUCCAAGAAAGCCUCGCAAUUUCCAGACAGGUGCUCCAUGUUCACGGGUAGUCAUUGGUUAUAUUUUAUUUCUUCCCUUGGUGUUUGUUUCAUCACGAUGUGUGAAGAGAGCUACUCUAGUGUCCUCGCAUUCUGCUUCCUUGAUGAACUCCAGAGGGAGUUUAUCUCACUCUACGAAAAUAAGAAGGUUGACAAUGCCAUCAGACCGUAUGCGCUUAUUGAUUUUGAUCGCAUCAUACAAAAGACAAAGCAGAGAUAUAACAACGCCAUGACACUAAACGCCAGACAGAAAUAUUCCGACAUGACCUUAGAGGUCAAACUCCGUCCACCCUAUAGAAUCAGUAUUGAUGAUAUUGAAUCAACGGGAAGAAGAAACGUCAAUGGAAUAAGUCCUCAUCAUAUUCCGAGCUGGCAAGCUGUUAAUGUCAGCAAUAACGGCGAUCUUCCAAAACCAGCAAAUUUUCGGAGACCUUUUUCAAGACUUGACUGGAUGGCUAAGCUUCUUGUCUUCCUUUCCGUGUUAUGCGGGACUUUAAACCUUGCUAGGAUAAUGGCUGUUUUAACAUUUGGUACUUCACCGUAUGAACCAGAUGAAAAGACCAUCGUGCUCCAAGCAAUGGCACUCCUGAUCUUCUCCGCUCUCCUCAACUACUACCAAUCUUUUAAACUCUGGACGUCACUGGGUCAGAGGUCGUUGCGUCAGCUCCUGGCUUGCGUCUUAGUCAUCGUGUGCAAUUAUUCCCUCUAUAAACUGUACUGGCGAUUCCUUUUAACGUCCAGUUUCCAUUCGUUAGUAGCUGUUCUGGUGACGUGGAAGAUGAGAGCCGGAUCGGGAGAUUUCAAGUUGCCAAACUACACGGUAUAGCUCUUCAUAUUGCCAUAGUGUAGCCAUGCAUAGAUCCUUCCUUAUCAUGUGUUUCACCAAGAGUAAGUCAACAUAGAGCAGGGUGCUACACAAGCACUUGCCCGAUUGCCCGGGACAAGUAAAAGUUAAAGUCGGGCAAGUAUUUUGAAGUAAAGACCAAACUACUUGCCCGAAUUGGGCAAGCAAAAUUCUCAGUAGAAUUACCAAAAUUAGGGUCGAUAUGAUAUACUGACCCUAAAUUUGGUCAUGGUGGGCAAGAAUAAAAUCACUUUGGAAAAAGAAAUGCAAAAACAAGGUACAU